UCCAGUGGGAGUUAGUGGUGUCCCACCAGCAGUGGAGCUGGGACAUUCACGUUGCCCUGAGGAAGUAUCUGUGAUGCCGAAGAACUCCGUUCUCAAGCGAAUUGAGGUGGCUACGGAGCCUCCCUCACAGCUUAAGCGUUUUCCCUGCAGUACCAGUUCCAGCCAGGAUCACACUCUCUACCCUGGACAUUCGUCCCUUCCACUCAGUGGUCCUAUUGCUGCCUUUGCCUCCAAGCUUGAAGACCAGACUGCAGCUGUGCCUGACAGUCCUCAAAGAGAGAAGUUUGGAAGUUUCCUGUGCAACAAAGAGAAAUUGGAUCUGAAAACAGAGGUCACUGAUGAACACACUGACUUCUUGCUGCCUCAUGAGAGAGCUGUGGAGGAUGGUAGUGGAUUUUCUCGCAUUCUGAGUGUGUUGUCAGAUUCCACCAGCACACAGGAAAGAAAUCGACUCAAUUUCUUUGACAUUGAGGAUGAGGAGAAAUUUCUCUAUGGAGAUGAAGAAGAGGUUUUAAAGUCAGAAUCUCCAUCACAAUCUCUCGGGGGCUCUGAGAAUGAUGUGACGAGUCAGAAGGCAAGUGGCUGCAUCCCCUCCCCAGCUCCAGCUGUUAAACAAGAACUGGUAGUAGAGACCAGUCCCGAAUGUGUCAUGGUUCAUGAAUUGGUCAGGACCAUUGGGCUAGAUAGUGUGAUAUCUGAGGUUAGCAAACUGGCUUCAUGCUCCCAGGAACACGUUCAUGACUCCAUAAAUACUCAUACCAUGACCUAUUGA